UCCAACGCGAAACAGACAGUAAGGAACAUGACUGAGCAAGACGACUCGAUAAUAUUGAUUUCUUGAAGUGCUUUUAUAGUAGAGUUAUCACCUUGUGUUCUCGGAUGGCCAGCCCCAUUUCAUUUCUAGCAGGAAACUUAGGGAGACUACGCGAUUCUUGACUUAGAUCUCAAAACGAAACAUAAGUGGACAUACAGGAACUAUAUAAAAGUGCUUCUGUGUGAUUUCCAAAAUCGAUCCUUGACCUUUCUUCAGCAGCCACAAUGGGCGACGAGGUGACGCGGGUGGCCGUAGAUACGGGUUGUUUGCCAGACGAGCCUGCGCCACAAUCCUGCCAAUCAAACAGUGUGGUAGCGAAGUCCGAGAGCGAGAUUAUAGAAGUAGCUGACGAAACUGACAAAACUAACAAAACAUUUGAGUACCUUAUCCUGAGGCAUAUUGGAGAGUUUGGAAUUUAUCAAAUUCGCCUCUUUGUGGUGCUGACUCUUAUGGACCUGCCAACAUCUAUUUGUAUGAGUCUCUUCAUCUUCUCGGCUGCCCAUCCCGGCUGGCAUUGCGGGAGGUUCGUGGGUUCGAAUGACACUUACAACGGGACUUGGCCUAAUAGUACAUCUGAGAUGUGUGAAAUGAAUGGAGCGCCUUGUGAGGAGUAUGUUUUUAAGGAGGAUUUCACAUCCAUUGUGACCGAUUGGAACCUUGUUUGCGACUAUGCCUACAUUCCAAAGAUGACGGUCAGUAUUCAAAUGGUCGGGGUCCUGAUUGGUGCCAUCCUUGGCGGGCAGGCCGCGGACACCAUCGGGAGGAAGAAGACAUUACUGGUCGCAGCCACCGUGGAGUUCACCAUGCAGAGCCUCCUGAUGCUCUCCAACUCCUGGCAGCUGUAUACGGCGAUGUCCUUCAUCAAGGGAGUAUUCAUUUCUGGUUCAAUCUGUGUGUGCUCAACCCUCCCGAUGGAGUUCAUUGGCACGAGGUACCGCACGCUGGUCGGGACCGUGGGAAUCUGGGGUUUCGGUUCUAUGUUGAUGGCCCUGGUUGCUUGGCAGUUGGUGUCUUGGAGAUACCUCGCUCUAUCCACCGGACUCAUGGGCAUUCCAUUAAUAUUUGGAAUCAUACUGUUCGUCCCGGAGAGCAUCCGCUGGCUCAUCCAGAAAGGUCGUUUCGACGAAGCAGAGAAGAUCAUACGGGAGAUGGCCCGCGUGAACAAGCGGGAGGUCCCUGACAUGUCCGUGCUGAAGCAGAUAGCCAAGGAAGCAGAGAAGAGGCAGAAAGAAGAGGGUCAGUACAGUUACCACGACCUGUUUAGGACGGCGGAUAUGGCUAAAAGGGCGGCAGUCAUCAUGCUAACCUGGUUCACUGCUAGUUUGUUUGCCUACGGGAUCAGCAACAUGUACGACACGUUCUCAGGGACGAUCAACGUCAAUUUAUGCAUCAGCUCCGCCGUGUCCAUGGUGUUCGCUUGGUCCAUCAUCCCCAGUGCUGAUAGAUUCGGCCGCCGAAAAACCUUCUUUGGCUAUAUCAUGGUUCCGAUCGCCUGUCUGACAGGUGUGGUCAUAAUCGGCGCCAUCGGUGUGAAAUGGAUAGUGCCCGACCUCGUAACGGCCCUUGUCUUGAUUGGAAAAGGCGGCAUCGUCUCCGUCUGGUACAUUGCCUCCAUCGUUGCGAGUGAACUCUUUCCUACAUUGAUGAGGAAUAUCGCUAUGGGAAUGUGUAGUGUUGCUGCCAGGAUUGGGGGUAUACUUGCGCCACAAGUGGCAUUGCUGGGUCAGAUCAGCCACUGGACUGUGCCGUACAUCAUCAUCGGGCUGCUGUCUAUACUCUGUGCUGUCCUCUUCCUAGUUGUCCUACCGGAGACCAACAAGGUCCCUCUCCAGGAAGAGAUGCCCCCGAGACGGAGGAAGAAGCAUCAACACGUCGAGGAGAAUGGGAUAGAAUUGACUGAACCAUUAAACCAGGAGGAAGACCACCAGACAAAUGGACAACCAUAUUUGGUCGGCAAACCAUAAACUCCGGAGAUCCUGACAGUGAUGGAUUUUGGGGGGUUUUCAGGUGCCUGUCCCCGGGCACCCCCUAAAGGCACUACCCAUAUACUACCCACUACCCACCAACAAAUAGUGACGUCAGCAUAAAUUUAGCCUCACAACUCGCCCCAGUGCCGAAAUUAAAAAAUGUCAGCACGAAAUCAGCGCCUCCAGCGUCAAGAUUGCAUAGUAAACCUUUGUUGGCGGCGACACCUAUCGGCAAUAAAAAGGAGUUGAGCUUACAAUAUUUGUUGUUAUUGUGCUGUGG